AUGAUGCGUCCAAAACGACGAUCAAAUCACCAUCAUGAUAAACGAUUUAGCUAUAAAUCUCGACAUCGAUAUCCAUAUCCACCAGCAUUUUAUCCAGAUAUGAGUGUGAAUCCUCUACGAUCACGUAGACAAAUUCGUACUCAAGGCUUUACGAGUUCAAAUUUCCAUGCUGAAAUGCUAAAAUUACAUAACUAUUAUCGUGCACGUCAUUGUGCAUCACCACUUGUUAUAGAUCAACGAUUGAAUCAAAUAGCUCAAUCAUAUGCUGAAUAUUUAGCAGCUACAUCAACAUUCGAACAUAGUGGAAAUAAAGUUGGGAAUGAACCAUUAGGAGAAAAUCUAUAUAUGCAAUUGAUAUCUUAUGGUCAAGCAAAAACGUCUGCCAAAGAAGCAGUUAAAAGUUGGUAUGAUGAAGUAGCAAUGCAUAAUUUUCAGCGUCCAACAUUUUCACCAAAAACCGUUCAUUUCACACAAUUAGUAUGGAAAUCAUCGAGAAAAUUGGGUGUUGGAAUAGCUUAA